ACGCAGAACGUGAAAGUCUCCGGAACGGAUUCAACUGAGAAAAAGUAUUCAAAUCAAAUAAGAAGAGGGCAACGUACAGCGAACCUUUGUAUUGUUAUUAAAAAAAUAAACAAGCGAUUUUUUUAUUGGAAGUCAAAAGAGAUUCAAAGUAAAUUUUGAAAAUGGGUUGCGCCACAACAGCCGUUAAAAUUAUCUCGAUUGCGCUGAAUGUCAUUUUGGCGUUGUUGGCACUCGGCUCCAUCGGGUGGAUAGCCUUUAACUCAGAUACGGGCACCGAUGAGACAAUUAUCGCCAGCUAUGUGGCCAGUGUCCUGAUUGUGCUGCUCGCAUUCACUGGCAUCUACGCUGCGAUACGUGAGUCAGUCUGCUUAACCGCAACGGUGGCUGUGCUGCUGCUUGUGCUCGCCAUACUGCAAAUCUUGACAACAUGUCUCUUCUUACAUCCGAUGAAGGUGGAGAGCGCACAGAAGCAAAUCGAUGUCGCCUGGCAAACUCACAAUAUGGAUGGCAUUCAGCAGAUUUAUGAAUGUUGCGGCAAAUCCAGUGCUCAGGAUUACGUGCAUCUCAAUCAAGUGAUCCCACCCAGUUGCUAUGCCGAUCUACAGCAAACAGCCAACGCUAUGUUCAUCAAAGGUUGCGUGAAUGAGAUGCAAAAUCAUUACGACAAUGGAAAGUUUGCCAUAAUAGUUGCAUCUUGGGUGUUGGCUGCCUUCGAGCUGGGUUGCUUUGCCGUUGCCGUAUUUCUUGGCAUCAGUUUCCGCAACAAACAGAGGCGCAUGCAAUUUUAAUGAGCAGCUAAUGAUAUAGCUACGCCUCAAGUACAAAACCGUGUCCGGGAAGGACGACAAGGAAAUGUAUUGGAUUUGUGCUCGAUGAAAAGCAUAAAUAACAUUUACAUCACGUAACCAAAAAUUAUGAAACUUAAUACUAUUAUAAUGAACAUUUUAAUUCGUAUGCUGAAAUCUUAAGCUAGUUAAUUUAUGUACGAGUAGCCUUUAACUACAUAUAUUUAUAAAGCCAAUAAAUUGAUAUUUAUGUGUGUGUUUCAAA